AAAGCCGCCGUGAAGACAACUCGCGGACGGAGGGAGGCACCUCAUGCUCUCCGAGAGCUCAGCGGCCACACCUCCCCAGCGCGGCCCCGGGCCGGGCAACGAGCAGGAAGAGACCUCUCCGCGCUCUUCCUCCCGCCUCUCUCGCUCGUGCGCGCGUACGAGCCGUGUACGUGCUCGGGCCUCCUUUCGCUCGGCUCCGGCUCCUCCUCCACCGCAUCCAUCAACCUUCUCUCUCUCUCUCUUUCUCCCCGCCCCCCCGCCGCGCUGUGCACAUUGGUUGAGAUCGGACACAGCGGGAGGGGGAGCAAAGCAGAUCCAGCAGCACCACCACCAGCCCUGGGCUGCCUCUUCGCGAGGCUCGCGCCAGGCGGUCGUGUGCGGGGUGUCGGGAGCGCGCGCCCGCCCGCCCGCCACUAAGUGACUGACCGAUUGAUCGCUCGGCUAGCGGGCGAGGGACCAGCGGCUUUGGGACAAAAGCAAAGGGGCGAAGGGGUCGUGCAAUCCGAGCCCCCGCAGCAGCAGUGGCGGGGAAAAGGGCGGCGCGUUGCCCCUGCUGCAGCUCUGACAAGAGGCACGGACGCGACUGCGGUGGUGGCGGCAUCGUCGCCGCCGCCGGCGGACCCGCUGCGAGGAAAAAACAGUCUUCACCAGUCAAGAAACCUGAAGAACUAUUUCACAAUGGAUGUAGAUGAUGAAGAGAAUAUGAGUUCAGGCAGCACUGAUGUUAAAGAGAAUCGCAACAUGGACAACAUUUCACCUAAAGAUGGGAGUGUGCAAGGUACCGGGGAGGGGAAUCAGCUCUCCAAUGGUGGUGGCAAUGGCAGCAGGAAACGGCCAUUGGAAGAGGGCAGCAAUGGCCACUCCAAGUUCCGGCCAAAGAAGAGGAAGAAAACACCAGGGCCUGUCUUGCCCAAGAAUGCCCUGAUGCAGCUGAAUGAAAUCAAGCCUGGUUUACAGUACAAGCUUCUCUCCCAAACAGGACCCGUUCAUGCCCCUAUUUUUGUGAUGGCAGUAGAAGUUAAUGGGCAGGUUUUUGAAGGUUCUGGUCCUACAAAAAAGAAAGCAAAGCUUCAUGCAGCAGAGAAGGCUCUGAGAUCUUUUGUUCAGUUUCCUAAUGCCUCUGAAGCACAUCUAGCAAUGGGGAGAACUCUUUCAGCGAAUACAGACUUUACCUCUGACCAGGCAGAUUUCCCAGACACACUUUUCAAUGGAUUUGAAAAUCCUGUUCAGUCUGAGCAUUCCUUUUAUCUGGAUUCCAAUGGAGACGGUUCUUUUAGCUCCAGUACAGACUAUAGUCUGUCAUCUGCUAUGGCUAGUAGCCUUAUCCAAUCAUCUCUCCCAGCUCCAUCACCAUAUCCAUCAACAAGUGGGAAGAACCCAGUUAUGAUACUGAAUGAACUUCGUCCAGGGUUAAAGUAUGAGUUUCUUUCAGAAAGUGGAGAAAGUCAUGCUAAGAAUUUUGUGAUGGCUGUGUCAGUGGAUGGCCAAAUGUUUGAAGGAUCUGGAAGAAACAAAAAACUUGCAAAGGCGCGGGCAGCUCAAUCAGCUCUUGCCUCCUUGUUUAACAUGCAGCUUGAUCAGACACCAUCUCACCAACCCAUUCCUAGUGAGGGACUUCAGUUACACCUGCCACAGGUAUUAGCUGAUGCUGUUGCACGCUUGGUGGUAGAUAAAUUCAGUGAUUUGACAGAUAACUUUACAUCACCCCAUGCACGUAGGAAAGUGCUAGCUGGAGUUGUCAUGACAACAGGUACUGAUGUGAAAGAUGCUCAGGUUAUAAGUAUUUCUACAGGAACAAAAUGUAUUAAUGGAGAGUAUAUGAGUGAUCGUGGUCUUGCACUGAAUGAUUGCCAUGCAGAAAUUAUAGCUCGCAGGUGCCUGCUUAAAUUUCUCUAUGCACAACUUGAACUGCUCUUAAGUAAUAAGGAGGAUCAACAAAAAUCUAUUUUUAUCAAGUCAGAACGAGGUGGGCUUAAGUUGAAAGAAAAUGUGCAGUUUCAUCUCUAUAUCAGCACCUCUCCUUGCGGUGAUGCUAGAAUUUUCUCACCACAUGAAGCAGCACAAGAGGAUCAGGGAGACAGACAUCCGAACCGGAAAGCAAGAGGACAGUUGCGGACAAAAAUUGAAUCCGGCGAAGGAACAAUUCCUGUCCGAUCCACAACUACAAUCCAGACAUGGGAUGGAGUGUUGCAGGGAGAGAGAUUACUUACGAUGUCCUGCAGUGAUAAGAUAGCUAGGUGGAAUGUGCUUGGUAUUCAAGGAGCACUGCUUAGCCUUUUUGUGGAACCAAUUUACUUUUCGAGCAUUAUCUUGGGAAGCUUAUACCAUGGAGAUCAUCUAUCCAGAGCUGUAUACCAGCGGAUAGCAGAGAUAGAAGAAUUACCAUCUCUCUUCGUGCUCAACAAACCUCUACUCAGUGGUAUCAGCAAUGCUGAAGCCCGCCAACCCGGAAAAGCACCUAACUUCAGUGUCAACUGGACAGUAGGAGACGUUGGUCUUGAAGUUAUUAAUGCUACAACUGGCAAGGAUGAAAUGGGCCGUGCGUCCCGUCUUUGUAAGCAUGCUCUGUAUAGUCGCUGGAUGCGCAUUCAUGCAAAGCUUUCAUCCAGCCUCCGUUCAAAAGUCAGUAAACCAAACGUAUACCAUGAAACUAAGCAAGUUGCUGCAGAAUAUCAAACUGCCAAAGAGUGCUUGUUUAAAGCAUUUUCAAAGGCAGGACUUGGAGCCUGGAUAGAAAAACCCAUAGAACAGGAUCAGUUCUCCCUCAUAAUCUGAUUCUUGGAUUGCACUUCAGUUGGAAGAGGAGCUACGGUGGAAAUCCCGAUGUCCAGCAUCAACAUAUUUCAUCAACACACGGAUCACACCAGCUUUUAAAGAAAUUAGUUUUCCUCCCAAAACAAGCUUUUUUUCUGUGUUGGGAGGAUAACUUACUGACCCUACCCCCCUUUUUUUGGCUAAAGUAUUGAAAUUAAUGGAAAACUGAUAAUACAAUAACUAGUUUAGAAUCAAAACAGGUUGUUUUCUCAAGAAUACCUGUCUGCAGGGAAAAAUCAUGAAACUCUCUUAAAGUGAUUUAGCUAGAGAGUUUAGAAAUUAUUUUAAUGCAUUGUUGACAGGUGCAUGAAUAAUGAAUACUGUAAAUCACAUAGUGUUUUACACUACAUUUUGCAUAUGUGAUAUGAUUUUGUGUAAUUCUUUUAGAGUAUAAGUGACAAAUAAUUUAUGUGCUUCUUUUAGAUUAUUAUUUUUAAAUGGUUGGAGCUUAUAAGAAGGAUAUAGAUCACAAAAACAGACUGGAGAUUAGAGACCUAAUUUCCCUGCUUCCUUGCUUUUUAAAACCAGCUGCUGAAAACUUUGUGUCUCUUGAUUUAUGUAUUUAUUAGUCUGUGUUCCAAUUCUUAACAUGCCACUUUUUAUUCUGUUUUUAAAAUACUUGUUUUCACUUCCCAUUUACACACAUUGUGACUUUUUAAAAUACUUGUAAACUGGAAAGGAGAAAUAUUUGUAAGCUAACAAAUUUUAAUGUAUAAAAUCCAGCUUAGAAGUAGAUGGUUUGUGUUUCACAGGAACUCAUUAGUAACCAAUAGUAAUAUUACCAGUGGUGUGGCAACUUCAAAACACUUGUUCCUUUUGUGAGGAAAUAUUCCGAUUUGCCAAAUGCCAACCCACACACAAACACCAUCGCUGUUAUUCGAAGGGUUAAAAUUGUUUUAAACUGUGUGUACUCUUCAGAGUCCUAACACUUUCAGCCAAACUGUUGUGUCCCUUUUGAGGUUGUGUUGCCUGUGAGUUUCCACGUAUAAAUAUACAGUAAUUCUAUUUAGUUUUGUUUGAUCUAGUAUGAUAGAAAUAAAUACUGAGUUCCUAUUGAUAAAAGCUGUGAUCCAUAAGCAUGUCUGUACAGGUCUGGGUCUCUCAAGGACGGCAGUACUGGCUGAGGGAGUUAGUCCUCAUGCUGAGCAUAAGGAUGGGGCCUCUGAUAUCCCCAGUGGCAAUGGCCCCUGCCGCCUGUGCUGUACCACCAACUGGCUACAUGAGGGUUCACUGUAACAUGCACUGUGUGUCUCAUAGCAGUGUAGUGAGAUUAUCUACAAGGCCAGAAUGGUUUUGCUCACUGCCCAUGUAUAUUCUCUCUACCUAUUUGACAUUCCUUUGCCUUCUAAGGCUAUAAUAGAAUGCACUUGGCACAGGGACACAGAAUCCAAUAGGAGGGGGCUUGAUAUUCUCUAGAGUUUGCCCCACCAGAGGAACUUAGAUAUAAAAGUGAAAUAUUGCUGGAAAUAACUUCUAUAAGUAAUAAACCUAAUUGUAAGAAAACAAGACGUUCAUAAGUCAUAGUAGACAUUUGGGCCUGAUUUUGUCAGUUCCACUCCAGCAAAGCAUGUCUUGUAGGUUUAGCAAAUUCAGUAAUACUGCUCAUGUGCUUAAAGCGACAUAAUCAUACAGGUUUUGCUAAACUAGUGCCAGAAACCGAAGUUGUAAUACCAGACAUUUAUCACAUAUAUUGUGCCCUCUAACAUGAUGUGAUGUUCAUAUUGAAGGUAUUACAUCAGCUAAAAGUAUUUUUAAAGAUUUACAUGACCAUAUGUAGUAGAUAGAAAUGGUAGUUAGAUCCUCAUCUCAAGAUAUUUUCUGGGUACUGCUGCCUACAUAGUGUUGUGGUUAUAGAUGCAAAAACUAUAAAAGGUUAUUAUGCAUGCCCAGGAAAGCCCUAUGCUGUAAUUGGUAUACAUCUUUGUUAAAAAGGAACAUAAGUAUAAGUUCACAUUUACAAAAAAAUAUGACUAAAAGGCAUGAUAACAAUAUGCUAAUAUAGAUUUAAAUUGAAUAGAAUAAAUCAGAAUGUUAUUGUGUGAAGGCAAAUGAUAUAUAUGGCCUUUUUCAAUGUUAAUGGGCUAUUUCUUGCAGUACUGUGGUUUCAGUUAUAAAGUAAGAAACUGCUUAAAUGCCUAAUGUUGGUCACAUAAAUAAUCUUACUGAAGAUAUUCCAGUUCAGAGGAUCAAGGCCAAAUUAUGGACAAUCCUAAGGUAGAACAGGUUGUGAAUAAGGUGGCCAGCUUUUGAAGAAAAGAAAAAAAUGCAGGAUCCCGAAGAGGACUGGGAAUUGAGCCCUCUAACUCAAGGGGUGGAGCCCAGGAUGAGUUUGGUGACUGAGGGGAGGGGUGGAAUAGGUUUUUGGAUGGAGCUUGGUAGUUUUGGUGGCUCUAGGGCCAGAGCCCAUCACACUAUCGGUCUAUUCACCUAAGGUUUGCAGCUGCCCUUUUUUUUUUUUUUUAAGGAAAAACAGGUGUGUGGGUGGGUAGGGGAAGGAAUGAUUCGUGUUUCUUGCUUUUCUGGCAACAUGCUCAAAAGCAAAGCAAAACAGCCAGGCUGCCACCCCGCCACCCCACUCCCAGUUGAUUGGCAACUCUAACUGUAUACUUUCUGAGUGUUUUCACUAUAGUGUUUUUAGUGGCAACAGUCUUUAGAAUGUGAAGAUUUGACAAUAUAUUCCCUGGAAUUUA